CACUCCCUCGAAAUGAACGACUCGUUUUACGAUGCCUUCACCAGUGGCGUCUUCCUCUUUGCCAGGAAGUUUCCUCGUGACUCACCAACUCUGGAUAAGAUCGAUAGGGAGCUACUGCAGAGGCAGCCUGACAGCAUCAUGCCAGGCGCUUGGUGCUCUCUCCCUGCUUCCACUGCUUCGUCUUCCACGUUCCACAUACCACCCGUGGGUAACGGACACUGCCAUCAACCAGUUCCCUGCUCUGCUCUAGGAGUUCCCCGUAGCGGCUGGUGUGGACAGCCAAAGGUGGGGCUUGCUGACCAAAGAGGGGGCAUGCUGACCCUUCAAGGCGUCUGCGCCCUCCCGAAGCUGGCUGUGUUUCUCAAGGACUGCCGGAAGGCAUGGGGAAAAGCAGUACAAGGCUGGGCCGUGGGUGCGGACUGUGGCGCCAUCCCAGAGCUCUCGUGUGACAAUUCAGGCAUGAUUACCAUGAUGUUUCCCAAGUCGAAGCUUAAUGGGCCUAUUCCUGACAGCAUCUCAUCUCUCACUGCACUAACUUUUCUGAAUUUGUCAGAUAAGAAUCUGACGGGCUCCAUUCCCAACGGCAUCUCCAAUCUUUUUCAGCUUUGUACUCUGGUUUUAGAAAACAACAAUCUGAUGGGAUCCAUUCCCAGCGACAUUCAAUUUCUUUCUCAGCUCGAUGAUUUGUCUCUUUCUAGCAACAGCCUGAUGGGCUCCAUUCCGAGUGACAUAUUCUCUCUUCGUCAGCUCGCUUUUCUGAAUCUUGCAAACAACAAUUUGACGGGCUCCAUUCCCAACAACAUCUCCGAGCUUUCUCGGCUCGAUUUUUUGUCUCUUGCAAACAAUAGACUGACGGGCACCAUUCCCAACAGCAUUGCCGAGCUUUCUCAACUCUCUUUUCU